AUGGCGCUGGCGGCGGCGCUGGCGGCGGUGGCGGCUCUGGCGCUGCUGCAGAGGCUGCUCCGGCCGCACCUUUGGGCUGAUUUGGCCUUUGUGCUACGGGCGGCCCGGUGCCGGCGGCGGGCGGUGGCGGCGGCGGCGGCAGCCGGGGGGUGCCGCUCCUUGGCCGCUCGGUUCCUGCGGGCGGCUCGGGAGGCACCGGCGCGGCCGUUUCUGCGGACGCGGGGGAGAGCGGAGCCGUACGGGAGUGGGGCACGGAGCGUGGCCCGGGUGGCCAACGCGCUGCGGGGGUGGCCCCUGACGGGGAGCGGGGAGCUGGGCCCCGGUGUCACCGUGGGGCUGCUGGUGGGGAACGAGCCGCGGUUCGUCUGGGGCUGGCUGGGGCUGGCGGCGCUCGGAGCCCGUCCUGCCUUCCUGGGCACGGCGCUGCCGCCCGCCGCGCUCCGGCACUGCCUGCGGGCCUGCGGGGCACGGGGGCUGCUGGUGGCCGACGACCUGUUUGCUUCGGUGGAGCCCAUCCUGCCCAGCCUGCGGGAGGAUGGCAUCGUGGUGUGGGUGCUGGGCUCGGGGCCCUACCCCCUUGGCGUGGUGGCCCUUCAGGAGCUGCUGGACACAGCUUCUGAGGAGCUGGAGCCUGAGGACGUCUGGCAGCCCAAGGACAUGAACGAUACCUGCCUCUACAUCUUCACCUCUGGCACCACUGGCCUCCCCAAAGCUGCUCGUGUCUCCCACCUCAAGUCCAUCAUGUGCCUGAGCUUCUACGAGCUGGUGGGAGCUUCCGGCCGGGACGUGGUGUACCUGGCGCUGCCCCUCUACCACAUGGCCGGAUCCCUCCUGGGCAUCGUUGGCUGCAUCGGCAUCGGGGCCACUUGUGUGCUGAAGGAGAAGUUCUCAGCCAGCCAGUUCUGGGCUGACUGCCGCGCCGAGGGCGUCACCGUCUUCCAGUACAUCGGAGAGCUCUGCCGCUACCUCGUCAACCAGCCCCAGUGCCCUGGGGAGCGAGACCACCGGCUGCGGCUGGCGGUGGGCAGCGGCCUGCGCCCCGACGUCUGGAGGAGCUUCCUGCAGCGCUUCGGCGCCAUCCGCAUCGUGGAGACCUACGGCAUGACCGAGGGCAACGUCACCCUCUUCAACUACACCGGGACCCCGGGGGCCGUGGGGCGCAGCAGCUUCAUCUACAAGCUCUUCUCGCCCUUCGAGAUCGUUCGCUACGAUGUCACCGAGGGAGCCCCGGUGCGGGACGCGGCCGGGCGCUGCAUCCGCGUGCGGGCCGGCGAGACGGGGCUGCUGAUCGCUCCGGUGACCGCCCGGGCCCCCUUCCUGGGCUACGCUGGCAGCCGGGAGCUGUCGGAGCAGAAGCUGCUGCGCGGAGUCUUCGCCGAGGGCGAUACCUACUUCAGCACCGGGGACCUGAUGGAGCAGGAUGCGGCCCAGUUCGUGCGCUUCCGGGACCGCACUGGGGACACUUACAGGUGGAAAGGUGAGAACGUGGCCACCACAGAGGUGGCCGAAGUCUUGGUGGCCCACGAGUCCCUGCAGGAAGCCACCGUCUAUGGCGUCACCGUGCCAGGCCACGAGGGCCGUGCCGGGAUGGCUGCCGUGGUGCUGCGCCCCGGCUGGCGGCUGGACGGCUCCGCGCUCUACCGGCACCUGGAGCAGCUGCUGCCGCCCUACGCCCGGCCCCGCUUCCUCCGCCUGCAGGAGCGGCUGGCGAUGACGGAGACGUUCAAGCAGCAGAAGGUGCGGCUGGCGCAGGAGGGCUUUGACCCUGCUCGCGUCCCUGACCCUCUCUUCCUGCUGGACGAGGCCAGCAGAGCCUACGUGCCUCUGGGCCCCGCGCUGCUGCAGGGGGUCCUGGAUGGGAGCUUCCGCAUUUAG